CAUUAGCUACCUGAGAAAGCAGAAAGAGAAAUUAAAUUUUGAGCGCUAAACAAGUUUGUUUUGUUCGCGUAAAAUACCAACUGUUCAUCUGUUAAUCGAAAAAGUUUAUUAGGAAAAUUGUUGUUUACGGGAACCGAAAAGCGAUGCCAAGUGAAGUCAUAACCCUACAACUGGGGCAAUGUGGAAAUCAAAUCGGAUUCGAGUUCUGGAAGAAGCUCUGUGCAGAACAUGGAAUUAGUUCAGAAGGAGUACUGGAAGACUUUGCAACUGAAGGUGUUGAUCGAAAAGAUGUCUUCUUCUACCAGGCUGAUGAUGAGCACUACAUUCCCCGGGCUGUCCUGCUUGAUUUAGAACCUCGAGUUAUAAACACAAUAAUGAAUUCCCCAUAUGCCAAAUUAUACAACCCGGAAAAUAUUUACCUUUCAAAACAUGGUGGAGGAGCAGGAAACAAUUGGGGUUCUGGCUACAGCCAUGGUGAAAGACUUUUUGAUGAAAUUUUCGAUAUUAUCGACAGAGAAGCCGAAGGCAGUGAAAAUCUUGAGGCUUUCACACUUUGCCAUUCAAUUGCUGGAGGAACAGGUUCUGGAUUGGGUUCGUACAUGCUGGAAAGAAUAUCGGAACGCUACCCAAAGAAAUUGGUGCAAACCUACAGCGUAUUUCCAAAUCUAGCCGAAUCCAGCGAUGUUGUUGUUCAACCUUACAAUUCAUUGCUGACGUUGAAGCGAUUGACGCUGAACGCUGACUGCGUCGUAGUUCUGGACAACACAGCCCUGAAUCGGAUUGCCACCGAUCGACUGCACAUUGAAACGCCAUCUUUUACGCAAAUCAAUUCACUCGUCUCAACCAUAAUGUCUGCAUCAACCGCCACCUUGAGAUACCCGAGCUAUAUGAACAAUGACCUCAUAGGUUUGGUCGCUCCGCUUAUUCCGACACCUCGGCUACAUUUCCUUAUGACAGGCUAUACUCCACUUACGAACGACCACGAGGAAACAUCUGUAAGGAAAACAACUGUCCUGGAUGUUAUGAGACGUUUGCUUCAGCCUCAAAACAUGAUGGUCUCUACAACACCCGACCGCAAUGGCUCGCACUGCUACACGUCUAUACUAAACAUUAUCCAAGGAGAAGUAGACCCGACGCAGAUCCAUAAAUCGCUACAGAGAAUUCGCGAAAGAAAACUGGCACAGUUCAUCCCUUGGGGUCCGGCUUCUAUCCAAGUGGCUCUUUCACGCAAGUCGCCUUACGUCACAACAUCGCAUCGCGUAUCCGGAUUGAUGUUGGCUAACCAUACGAGUAUUUCCACUCUUUUUGCGCGGACGCUGCAACAGUUCGAUAAACUGAGGAAACGGGAAGCUUUUCUCGAUCAGUUCCGCAAGGAAGCCAUGUUUCAAGAUAGCCUUGACGAAAUGGAUGAUUCCCGUGACGUCAUUCAAAACCUGGUGGACGAAUACACGGCUGCAACAAAGUCUGACUACCUCUCCUGGGGUAUGAACCGUCCCGGAUCUUCGGCUGCAGGCGCACAGACGUCAGCCUAAUGUUAAAACUUGUACACGGAAGAUUAUUAAAAUACAGACUGGCUUUCAUUUCACA